AUGGAAGAUUUUGAACACUCUACAUGUAGGAAUAAUUAUUGUAACAUUUCCUCCCAAACAGUUAGUGUAGAAAUACAAAAGGUAUCACAUAUUCAAAAACAUGAUUGGUUAAUAUACAUUUUGCAAAAACUGUUUUGGAUAACGACUGGUUUUCAAAGUCUUAUAGCACUUGAUCGUCUCUUACAUCUCUCUUUGCGACUAUUUGGACCGAAAUAUAAUCCACCAUCGAUGAAUCCUAAACUGAUGGCAAACAAUUAUCCUCUAGUCACUGUUCACCUACCAAUGUACAAUGAAACUGCUUUUUGUCAAUCUAUUAUUGAUUGUGUAUGUAAUCUUGAUUAUCCGAAAAAUCGACUCUAUGUUCGUGUUCUUGAUGACUCAACAGAUAAAAGAACUAUUGACCUUGUCAAUAAAUCUGUAAAACUGUGGAGAAGACGGGGUAUUCAGAUAGACAUCCAACGACGAAUCCUUCGACAUGGCUUCAAAGCAGGAAGUCUAAAUGAAGCCAUGCUUUACACUCGAGGUGCAGAAUAUGUUGCUAUAUUCGAUGUUGACUUUUUACCGGAAGCCGAUUUUCUCUUGCGAACAAUUCCAUCUUUGAUAGCUAACCCUGACGCAGCUUUUGUCCAAACUCGAUGGACCUUCACCAACGAGAAAGAAUCAUUUUUAACUCGAAUGCAAGAAAUAUCCCUAAACUAUCAUCAUAAAUGUGAACAAGAAGCCCGUUGUCGAGCAUCGUUUUUCAUGAAUUUUAAUGGUACGGCAGGUGUGUGGAGAAUAUCAGCUAUUGAACAGUCUGGUGGAUGGAAUACAGAUACUUUAGUGGAAGAUUUGGAUUUAUCAUUGCGCGCGUAUCUCAAUGGAUGGAUAUCAAUAUAUUUAUCGGAUGUUGAAUGUCAGAAUGAACUUCCACCCACAUUCGCUGCUUAUUUGUCGCAGCAACAUCGAUGGACAACCGGUCCUGUUCAAGUACUACGAAAAUUGAUUGGACAGGUGUGGAAUGCAAAACGAAUCGGACUCUUUCAAAAAAUUUUUUGCACAUGUUUUUUGUUGCGUAGUUUUAUUCACUUAAUGAAUAUUUUCUAUUUUAUAAUACUCAUGCCAUUAACAAUCUGGUCGCCUGAAAUUGGCAUAUUGGCUAUGGAAAACAUUUGUUUGUCAGUGAUAAUCUCAAUGUCACAAGUCAUUUUCACACCAAACGAACUUUUCUGGGGAUUUCACUUUGUUUUGUUCGAAAAUGCAAUGUGCUUGUUCAAAGCUGGAGCAACAAUAUCUGGUUUGUUCAAUUUUGGACUCGCAAGAGUUUGGCAUGUGACGCCGAAAUACGCACGAAAAACACACAAAAAUUCAGCAGUUGUCAAUGUAGCAAGACGAAUGAAAAAUCAUAUUAUCAGUCCUCCUAAACCACUUAACGUCUCGAAAAUUCUUAAGUUAUAUAAACGCAAUUUUUUAAUGGCAGUUUUUCUACUCAUCUGUUCUUAUUAUGCCUUUCAGGUUCGACAGUAUGGAUUAUGUAUGUAUACUUUCCCUACCGGAAUUAUGUACAUGGUUUUUGCAUUUGGCUAUCUUGGGCGUUCCGAGUAGAUUUUCCUGUAUUAUACAAUCUCAAAUAUAAAAAACCGGGAAAAUUUGAUGGAAGUCUUGAGAACAAUUAUUUCUCCUAUAACGCUUCCUGAUCUCAUUUUUUCAUUUAACAUAUCUAAAUUAGAUAUUUAACAUAUGAGUAAUCAAUCAAGCAUUCAUACGGAAAAGUACUGAAUAAAUGUAAUAUUGAUCACCAGACGG